AUGGAUAGUGGGUUGUAUUUCUUAUGUAUUCUUGUUCUUUCUCUUUCAAUCGGGCCAUUAUGUAACUGUCAAACCGGCCCAUCUAUAACUCAACCAAAAUUGAUAUCUAUUAUUCCGAUCAAUUCUACAGCUUUAACUGUAAAUUGGGCAUUCGCUGCUACAUCGAUUGAUCAAUCUGAUCUCAUAAGAAUUUAUAUCGUCUUUUAUGAAUUUUUCUAUUCUUAUAAUGCAACAUACGCAUCCAACAAUUAUACAUUUACAUCGGCAAAUAAAACAAUAACUAGUUUAACGAAAAAUUUCGACUUAGUUAAUGCUUAUUAUUAUGUUUGCUUUUCAUCGAAUUCAACAGUAACAAAUGUUAGCGUAUUUCUCUCGAUUGUAAAUAUUUGCACUUUAACGCGAACAUGUCUACGUUCAAAUGCAGCAUGCCCCGGGCCAUCUUCCGUAACUGUUCUUGCGAGCAGUAUUUCGUCGAAUUCGUUUACUAUUUCAUAUUUUUGGCCAAUCGAUUUACCUUAUUCAUUGAAUUCCAUUAAGGCACAAUUGAUUAACAAUGGUCAAAUAGGCGCGAGUACAGGUUCUACGCAGAAUACGACGUACACUAUUCAAUCCUACCAAUUUACUGGUCUACAACCGCUAACAACUUAUACAGUUAAUGCUAGUUUUAGUUAUAGUAUUCUUACAAUGGCUGCACAAACAAAUACAACAAUUUUAUCAGUGACAACUUCGUAUUCAUCGAAACUAUCGUAUACCCGUGAUCUGAUAUCGUUUUGCUUUUCUUUCUCGGUGAUAUUGUUUUAUAUAAAAACUUCAUAA